AUGUUACCACAGUAUCCCUCAGUAUUGAGCUUGAAACACGUUGAAAUGGGUCGUAAAGGAAAGAAUACAUCGUUUGAUUUACGUCAAUUAAUAAUUUUUCAUCGUGGAAAAGCAAAGUCUUACCGCGACAUUAGUUCUUUACUUAAAAUCAGUAAAAGUACGGUCGCUGACAUUGUUAGGAGGUUCGAGGAUGAAGAUCGUAUCGACUUUAUUCCUCAAACUGGUCGACCAGCCGCUCUAACUGCGAGAGAAAAAAGAGGAAUGGUUCGAAAAAUUAAAGCAAAUCCUCGAUCAAGUGUUCCGAAAUUGGCGGCAGAACAUUAUGAAGAGACAGGAACACGAGUUCAUCCCGAAACAAUUCGGAGAACUCUUAGGCAACACGGGUACAACGACCGUGUCUGUAGAAAGAAGCCUUUUAUUAACGAGGCCAAGAGGAAAAAGCGUGUAUUCUUCGCACGAGAGUUUAUUUCAAAGGAGGAAUCAUGGUGGGACAACGUUACAUUUGCUGAUGAAAGCAAAUUUAACAUCCACAAUUCAGAUGGAAGAAGAAUGGUGUGGCGGAAAGCGAAUAAAGAGUUCCACCAUCGAAACACGUGA